AUGUUGCAAAAAGAAGAGGGUGGACAGUUCAAAAAACGUCGAUGGAAACCCUCAAAAGAAUUCCAUCUGUCCGAGUUCGUCGCUUCUAGUGAGCAGUCAUCAGUAAUUAGGCAAACAACUAGUAAUGUGCAGCCCUCAUCGUCAUCCACGAAACAAGCAGUUGUGAAGAAGAAGAACAAGAAAAAAUUGUCGGCUAUCAAAAAGGGAAUAAUAGCGGAUAAGAAGGAAAGAAUGAAUGAAGAUGUGGUUAUCAACAAUUUAGAGGUUGAUAAAGAAGUAUGUUACAGAAAUAGUCUCUCUUCAUAUUCAUCACAACUGGAAAUAAGCAUCACUAAUUUGGUCACCAAACUUAAGGCAUUUCAGCAUCGAGCAUUCAUCAACAAUCCAGUUAAGGCAAAAUCGAGACGACGUUUCGUUUGUGGAUUGCGAGAAGUGCAGAAACAGUUAAUCUUAGAGAAUGUUCGAUGUGUGAUUAUUGCAGAUGAUCUCGAAUACGUGUCUGAGAAUGAUUGUUUAGGCACGCAGGUGGCUCACAUUCAGAACUUGUGCAAGCAAAAUUCAAUACCAACCUUGCAAUUCAGAAACAAACAUAAACUAGGUAAGGUACUCAAAAUGACACCAUUCAUAUCAGUCAUUGCAAUAUUGGACUAUACUGGUGCAGAGGUACGUAUACGUCUCUUUCUCAAAGAAGAUUUUUAUUUACGGAUUUCUGGUGACGAACGGUGGAUUUGCGAUUUCUCAGAACAUUGCUCAUUCUGUAAGCCGUUUUAG